UCGGUUUCCUCGUGCACAAGAUAAAACAAGAACUGCAAUGAGGGGUAAAUCUAAACGUUCAAUAUGUUUCGUGGUGUUCACAACAGUGGUGCUGUGGACGUCAGGAAGAUAUUUAUUCAACAACGAAGCCGGAUAUCUGGACGAUGAAAUCACUGCUCACAGCAAGUCGAGUACAAGUAGAGUCAACAACGAAGCCGGAUAUCUGGACGAUGAAAUCACUGCUCACAGCAAGUCGAGUACAAGUAGAGUCAACAACGAAGCCGGAUAUCUGGACGAUGAAAUCACUGCUCACAGCAAGUCGAGUACAAGUAGAGAAUUCCACACCGCAGCUUGGGAGGAACUAAUGCAGGUAUAUACUGACAAGAUCAGAGAUUUGCAACAAAAAGGACUAUGGAAGGACAAUCCACUCCCAGUACCGUGUUCUGAUGAAGGCGCUCAAAGUGUACCCUGCAUGGAUUUAAACUGUACCUCCCCGAAUCCAUCAACUGCCAUGGACGAUCUGCGAGAUGUGUUAGACGUUGGAAGGGGAAUAAAUGAAAGACUCUUCUCUAAGAUAAUUGGUCACCUAAGUCCCACCCACUUCCGGUCACGUGUAACGUUCGUCACAGGUGCAUCGUCCAAUCACCUCUCAGAGUCUCUGGAUUUGAUUAAGAACCUGCAGGAAAUAGUCUUUCCCCAACUUGUCAACUUUACCUUCGCCUACUACGAUCUUGGUCUGAAGAAGCAUGAACGACUAAAGGUACAGGAACAGUGUGAUUGUGAGCUGAGAACAUUUCCUCUCCAUCUGAUGCCUAAAUAUUUACAAGAUCUGAGGUGUUAUUCAUGGAAGCCGUUGAUAAUACAGGCUAACCUGCCGUCAACGGACAUAUUAAUCUGGGUGGACAGCUCCAUACGGUUCACUAACCAAUCGGCAAUCAAGCCCAUGUUGAUGGACAUACAACAGAAAGGGAUGCUGACCUAUCGAAACAUUUUGAGCACGGCUCAACUAACGUCUAAAAAAACGUUCAACCAUUUUAAAGCAGAACCAUGUGAAUAUGCCGACGUCCCAGAAACUACUGGUGGAUUUUUGUGUUUUCACAACGAGAAAUUCAUUCAAGAAAUAAUAGUUAAAUCCUGGGCGAUGUGUGCAAUGCACCCCAACUGCAUGUGCUCGGUUCCAAGUCGAAAAGGUCUAUACUGCAACCUUAAAAUCCGAAAGUACAACAAAUGUCACCGUUACGACCAGUCAGCAAUGACGUUAAUCCUGGCAAAAUUGUUUCGUCAUCACCAGGACACAUUUCUUUCAAAAUUCAACGCUUUGCCUAACGUAUUCGUGAAGAGGAAGUAGUAUGCACUGUGGGAAUAUGGAGCCACCCCGUCCUGGAGCAUUUUCGGGGCUUGGACCCUGCUCCGGGAUCAUGAUACCAAAUUUAAAUUUAAAUCGUGGAACAUGAAGCUUAAUCUAUAAGAAUAUCUUAAGUCUAAGAUAAAAUUUGAUCGUAAGUCCUAAGACAGCCCCUGAGUAGACCUAAGAGAAGAUGUGUAGCAAGAAAGACGACAGACCAAACGCGACACGCGACAACUGUGUUUACAAACAACCCGAAUUUCGCAUCUCCCUUCACUAAAGAGUUCCAGCCAUUACCGUAGUACGGUAUAACGUGCCUUAGACUUAGAAUCCUAGCUGAGCAAAAUCUUCAAAACUUAAGACAAAAUUCGUGCUUAGCAAAAUUUGAGCUAGGACCACUUUCAUGAUCCUUGUCCUGGGCGGGGACGCGCCCUAUCUCCGGUGUUUAUACUGCAGAAGAUAAAGAAAGAAGUGAAGAGCAGCAU